AUGAGGGCGCACUGAAUCAUUGCUGUUUGUGCAGUGAAGAUAGCACUAGACGCAAAGAUGGCAUCGUUUUUCAUAUGAAAAUGUACUCUAAAAUGUAUGCAGUCGCCUAAACCUGAACCAUACAGGAGCCAUGGAUUGAUCAUAUACAGAUAAUGGAAACGGGUCAUUGGCGAAAGGGGUCACAUUGAUCUUGAAUCAAUCUGAAUGUAGAGAUCGGAGGAGUCACCUUAAGAUGACACGUACAGAUCCCCCUGAUCUACUGGUAUCCACUCUGUAUCGGCACAUUAAACUAAACCCUAUUACCGGGCUCUCCAUUUCUCUCAGUCCCUCACAACAAUGUGACUUUCAAAUGAUUGACAAACUGGAGCAACACACAGAAGCCAUCAACAAAAGACACUGCCGCAGCUUUGACUUCCUUGAGUCAUUGGAUGACCCACAGUCCCUUUCUUCCUCAAUGGAGUACCCUUACAAGGGGACUGAGCAACAGUCAGUGCAUAAAGAGGUGACCUGGAAUGGCCUGGAUCAUCCAGCACACCUCCGUUUCUCCUCCCCUGAUCUUUUUAACACUAGACUACCCCCACAGCAUGCCAACCCUGACAAAACCUACCAGGCUGCAAGGUCAGAUUCAAAGAAAAGGAACAGAUUGAAAAGUACCUCCAGAGUCAAGACUACACUCACGCCAGUGCCCAUCUCAGACUCCCCGCCAGCAACCAGGGGCAGACAAGAUGUCCAAAAGGCAGCACCACACCCUCUUAGGACAUCUGAACCACAACGGGACUCAUACUCCUCUAACCGGGCUUUUGUGAAUGAGGUGCACCCUAUAAAACUGCAAACACACUCUCCCCUUUAUGUCUCAGACUGUUUUUCAAAGGAGAGCAAACAGGAUCCGCCAGCCGUCACGCCUCAUGUUCGGUGUCGUGUGGAUAUCAAACCUGAUGCAGCGGUCCUGCAGCAGUCAGCUAGGAGAGCUCAGAGCAUGAAAACUGAAAAUCCCUGGCUGCGAAACUCCUACUCUGGUCAGAACAGAGUGCUGUCUGUGCCACGACAGACCUGGACACCCACCCCAAGCGAAUGUUACAGUGGGGAUUAUAGACAAGUAUAUCAGCCCACUACCUACAUGCCCUCCAGCUACAUUCAGCCAGUAGACAUGAAAAGGGUGUCAUCCCCUGUAAUGCCAAGGGAAUACCUGUCAAGGGAGCAGAGGACUCUCUCAAACCCCAGUAUACCCACAAAAUUAUUUUACACAGAAGAACCGAUUAGGUCCCCUGUCUACCCAUCUUCUCGAGUGUACUAUCAGGAUGAUAAGUACAGCCUCACAAGCCAAGGCAGUACUCUCAAUGGUCAUCAUGCGCAUGAUCCAAGGACUCGCUGGGUUCACACUCUCCCAGUCCGCCAGUAUUACACAGAACAACAUAUGCCCAGCAGAGACCCUGUGCAGGCUCUCUAUACUAGACCUUACUCCACAAGUGAGAUUGGGGCAUACUUUUCUCAAACACCACAGACAAGAGCAUACUAUGGAGAAGAUCCUAGGGCAUAUCCCUGUCAGUCACAUGGCUCCACAGUGUUCUACAGCAAGCCAUACAUCCCCCCGGCAGAACAACAUAUUCCGUUUAGGGGAUAUCACACAGAAGGCCGGAGACGCCCACAAAUGGCCCAGGCCUGUGCAGAUGAUUGGUAUCGUUCAAGUAUAUCUGGAUACUCUAACCAUUCAUCUCAGCUGACACCACAGAGAGUAAGACAAGAGCCAGUAAUGUCUCCUGGGUUUGCAAACAGUUAUGUGGAACCAACCAGGCUGGGAGCAGAGGUCAGAAACCACUCUAAGUCCUGGGACAAUAUUCUUUAUCCUCGUCAUGAAAGGGAGCAAGCGGCAACCUGUGGACGCAGCUAUGAUAAUCUAUGUUACCAGGGGAGAUAUGCUUCAUCUCCCAGUGAUACACCACAGCCAGUUAUACUCAAUUUAUCUAGUUCACCAAGGCGCUAUGCUGCCCUGUCCCUUUCAGAAAACUCCUUAGAGAAAGGUCCAAGCAAUUCCGGAAGGAACACCAAGGCUGGGCUAUGGUUUGUAACCCCUGAGAUCACAAUAACUGACAAUGACAUGCAUGCACACAAACAGCGAGAUAUGCGUUCAGUCAGCUGUGAUGCACUGGAUUGUGAGAAGAGUCUAAAUGUUCAUCAUCAACAACAGCCAUCUGAGUCAGCAGAACGUACCAAAGACAGAAAACCCAACAAUUAUUCCCUGCAACAGAGUCUAGAGCAACUAGACAAGCUGCUGGCUGAUCUUGUAAUUGAUUACAAACCUACAACGAGCAGGAGGCCUAGUCAGGAUAUGUUGGACCAACUAAAGCAGUUGAUUAAUGAGGGCAAUGAAAAAGGAAGGAUAACAUCUUCUGGCCUAGAGAGUCUAGGACCUCUAAACACACAAUUUGCCUCCACCAAAACCAGCCCUGACACCAUCAAAGAUCCUGACAGUGGGUGUGACGGCUUACAAAGCUUACAGAGAAGUCCAGAGGAUUUCUCCCCAGACCACAGCACAGACGAUGAUGAGACCAUGAUGUGUGCCAACAGGAAGUGCAAGCGGACUGAGACACUGUUCAAUGCCCGUCUUUAUUUCAAAUCCUGUCAUAACUGCUACACCUUCUAUUGCUCUCGAAACUGCCGUCGAGAUGACUGGGACAACCACAAAGAGAACUGCCUUUAUGGGCAUAUUAGUAGUGUCUGCAGGCACGUGCUGAAGUACUGUCGAGAGAACUCUGAGAUCCAUAAAGCCUUCUCUCGCAUUGCCAAAGCUGGCUACCUUACAAGAGGGAGAGGCAUUCUUUUCCUGGGUUUUGCUAAUCAAGGCACUGCUGACAAUUUCCUCAAGGUUGGGCUUGAGAGCCUCGCCAUGUCGCCCACAUAUCUAUCUCUUAGAGAACUGGACAGCUUUAAGGACAACCUGGGUGAUUACUGUAAGGACCUGCAGCAGGCUGGCAAUGAGUAUGACCCUAAUGAAUGUUUCUUCCUGAAUGUAUCAAUAGCUGUUGGGCAACCAGUGCCUAACAGACCCUCACCAAGAGCCCAAACAUCAACAGUCCGAAAAUAUGCAAAGGUUUCUUUGGCGUCCUCCAGCCCAGAUAAAAAGGUAUUCAAGAAGGACAGCGAGAUGGAGACUCUCAUUCUCACCCCUCCUCCAGGCACAGCUGAUAUGGACAAAGAAGGAAAGGAGGGUAUGAAAGCUAGAGAGAUCUGCUUUAUCAAUAUCCAACGUGAGCUCAGGACCCGGGGAGUCUUUCUGCGUCAUGAGUAUCCCAAAAUAUACCAUCAACUCUGUGAGUUUGUAGAGAGCAACAAGAGAUUCACACCCACUACCAUUUACCCAAUAGACAAGAGAACAGGAAAACAGUUCAUGUGUAUGAUAAUGGCUGCUUCUGAGCCUAGAAUGCUAGACUGGGUGAGCACUCCCCAUCUCCUGGAUGAUAUUAUAUAGUACUGUACUGUGCACCUCUGAUGUAACCUCUAUGUACAUACAGAUAAUUCUGCAGAUACAUAUGAAUUUUACAUCAGAAUCAAAGAUUCCUAAUAAGGCUACCGACAUUUUCUAAAACGUAGAUAUUAUUUCAAAGUGAUUCAUGUAAACAGUGUGCAGGAAUGGAUGGAUUUGACUUGAUUUUAAUGGAUUUGAAUGGAUAGAACUUAUAAUGUAAGUUUUCAUUAUUAUUGAUUUUUCUUGCUGUAGUAUUGUUUCAGUCCACACUUAACAUCUGCAUGUAAAAUCAUCAUAUUGUAUUUAUUAUGAAGUAAUUCAUUUUUCAUCCAUGUUAAGAGAAGGUUGGGUCUUGUGAUACCCCAUUAACUGGGUUGGAUUUCAGACUGUCAAGCACAAAUCAUUCAGUUAUCUAGAAAAAUGCCACUGCUUGGCUGCAUAUACUGUUACUGAGGGAGGCAUUGCAACUAAGAACAUUUUUAGAGUCAACUAGAUUAAAGCUUUACAGCAUAAUUUUGUAGAGCUCUACUUGGCCUACGUUUUUUAGCACACUGUAAUUACAUAUAAUUAUUCCAAUAAAGAAAAACUGACAGUUGUAUUUCUGCUGAGACUUCAUUAAAUUCUAAAAGGUAUUCUUGAAAGUGCUAUGGUAACCCAGAGUCACAACUAAAAUACAGCUUUAUAUCAUUAAAAUCACAUCUAAAAACUGCUGUUUGUUCUUAGGCCUACAAUCUCAUAAUCUACAUCUAUGAAAAAUCCCCUGUUGAUUUUACCAGUUUCUGAUUUUGUGUCAGGCAAUUGAAUUACACUCUCUCAUCACAUGCUACUGACUUUACAGUGCUGAAAUCACUGUAACCUGCUUGAUGUCUUUUGAUAGUGGCCUUCAGUAGAAAUAGUAUUUAACAGAAAGCCAUAUGUGGAUUUGUAUUGUAAGGCUUGACUCUUGACUGUAAAUGAAUGUUGUGUAUUUGCUUGACUUUGCAAAUUAACAAUUAUUUUACAGAAAAGCAUGUUAUUUAUAUUCAGGUAUUUUAAUAUAGAUUAUGCUCAUGAUAAAACUGACAAUGGUUAUAUAUACUUGACGUUCAAUACUUGGAAUUGUAUAAUGUUUGAAUAAGUAUUAGUAUUGCUAUUCAAAGUUGAGGACAUUUGAGACAGUUAUGAUAUAAUUAAACACAAUUGAGGAAGAAACUCCAUAACAAUACCAUCUAGUUAAUUUGAAACCUGUUAAAAAACACAAAUGCAAUAAUAAAGAAACAAGAGCAUUACAUUUAAACAGUAUUAGUAAUGAUCUGUUGCAACUUUGAGAUGACCGUCCAGACCAACAGAUGUUGCGUGCUAAGAGAUUAUUUUGCACUAAAACACAACUUAAACAAAGUUUAAUGCAUCUACAGGGCACCUAAACAAGCAUGUUAUAAUUCAAAUAAUAAAGCCUGACAAAUUUAAGGUUGUGCUUUUACCCUAUCAUAUUUCCUCCUGCAAGAUUUUUUUAAUUUUGUGAUGUUUAUAAACCAUGUAUAAUAA